AUGAUACCCACAUCGAGCGAGAAUGAACUACUUCCACUGCCAUUACUAUCACAACCAUCAAUUCCAAAGACGACUGCCCCGACUGCCACGACUUCCACGACGACUACGACAACAACGACGACUCAUCCAUCAUCACCACCUCAACGAUCAGUGUUUGUACCACUCCUUGCAUCACCAGUCAAGAAGGCCGACCCAUCAUCACAAUCACCAUUGAUUGGCCAACAUCAUCACAACUCCUGGAUAUUCAAUUUGAACCAUAGUACAUACAAGUCAUGUGAUAAUGGCAUUGGAUCACAGGUCAAGCUCAAAUCCAAACAAAACAAUGUCUUACUGAAACAAGGUGAUCAGUUCUACUUCUCAAUUAUAAAGGACAAGGACAAGGAUAAGGACAAGGACAAGGCUGGCACUGAUGGUAAUGGAACGAUCGUGGCAUUGGCCACAGUGUGCCAGGAACCAAAGAUCAAGAAAUCAGACUCAACAUAUGAGUUCAUAAUGAGGUUUGAUCGAUUCUUCCAGGAACCAAUACCGCGGGACCAUCUGGGGACUGUGCCCCAACUUGCCAACCUAUCAUCUUCCAAGUCCACAUUCACCAACAUCUCAGAACAACAACUUCCACUCUUUGUCGAUCUCAUCAACAACUAUUCGAGCCAGAAAGUCAAGAAAGAGGCCAUCAACUUCCUAACAGGAAUAACAUUGGCACCGACCAACUCACCGGUAAAGAGUGAGAAUCAAGGUGGUGGAGGAUCAGUCAAUGUCAGUCCAUUGUUGAGUAACUCAAUGAUCAAGUUGAGUAACAGAUCACUGGAGAGUGUACUACUCACAUCAUCCAGCUCAUCAUCUGGUCAACUACAAAGUCAUCUCCUGUUGCCCCCACUGGGGCAUUCCUCAUCAUCACUCUCCACAUCAACUAGUCAAUCACACCUACGCAUACCAGUCACGCCCAAGAAGAGUACCAUUGCCGAGUACAAUUCAAACUAUAAUAUAUCAAUCAAUCAGAGGAUAUUCUUUACAACUGGAUCAGGACAUCCAAUGGCAGUAUUCUCAAUGAUUCGUGGCGACUCGAGGAACCCCAACAAGUCCAAGGGCAAGAGUACUUCCAAAGAGUCACACGAUAAACCUGUACAUAGCAUCGAACACAUCACACACAUUGGAACACAGCUGAAGGAGUCUAGCUUCUUUAGCAGGAGGUCAUCGUCGUCGGAGACGUCGUACGCUCACCUCUUGACAUCAGUCUAUGUCACUCCUUAUGUUGUGGUAUCACCGGACGAAGUAGACUCGUCUGGCAUACCACUAAAGUACGAUCCACUAUUCCUGGACAACUCUGAACUCAAGACAGGCAAGCAUCGCACAGUGAUGAACCUCCAAUCCUACACAGUGUCGAUCUUCCCGCACAUCAAAAAGGCAGCGAUCAAGGAGGAGCUCAACGAGCAAUUCCAACAGAAGCAUCCUUGGAUCAGGUCUGGCAUCACACUAUACAAGAUACGCAAGCUGAAACGCAAGUUGAAGAAGCUGGCGAUCCUCACUGACCUGGAGCUAUCUACCCUCGCGCUCUCAUUUGUCGCCAUCGAGAAGUUGAUCAUCAAGAGCUUCAUCACUAAACUCAACAUCAAGCUAUACGCAGCCGUCUGUCUUCUCCUGGCGUCCAAGUUCAAUGAUCCCAAGGCGACCAUCACUUUGAAGCCUCUUAUUGACAGUAUCGAGAAGAAGUUAUCAAUCACUAGGAAGGAGUUGCUGAGUGCAGAGUUCCAGAUUUACUCGCACUUGUCUUUUGGAAUGUUCGUGGACUGUGGAGACGUGCUUCCACACUACAAUCGAAUUGUAAAUGAGCUGAGGGCAUCACCGCCACAUGUACAUUUGUUAAAUAGUCAAUACAGUAUGUAA